UAAUGGGCCACUGUAAGAAACUUUUACUGAAAUCUUCACCAUGUGUAGAUGAAUCAUGAAUGUAGGACAUUCAAAUGAAAAUUUUCAACCAUACAACACGAAAAUGAAAUGGUCUGGGAUCAUCCUUGAAGUUUGAUUAUUGGAUGCAUGCCAGUGCUGAUCUUAAGCAUGAAGGAAAGCAAACAGAAAAACAGGCCAGCUAUUGUAUUUCUACAUAGCUCUCACAAAAUGAAGGAAUGGGUGCGGCCAUUACUUGAGGCUUGGGCUGUGGCUGGAAGCAGCGAAGGGAUUGCAAAUCAUUUUUACGAACUUGUACCUGACAUGGCACUUGAUUUUCCAUUCGAACUGGAUAAGUUCCAAAAGGAGGAACCCCAGGAAGGUGGACUUCUGUUGCCCCUUUUACCAUUUUUUAUUUUUGUUACCCUGAAUAUGAUAUGAAGUGUUUUGGAACUUUUGGAUAAAAAGUGGUAAAUUUGUACUGCAAUUCUCAAUUUCAAUUUGAAAACUCUAAUAACUUUUAUUUGUAGUGUAAAAUGUUGAAUUAUUCGUUGUGAGGUAUCUGCCUGGGAUUUUCUUCUAUUUGAAUCUCUCUCUCUCUCUCUCUCUCUCACAGCCAUUUGUUUCAUUUGUAGCAUAAGUAACAUGUGUUUUCUUGAUUGUUUUUUUCUGGGUCUUCUGUCAUGAAUCCAGGCUAUUUAUUAUCUUUGAAAAAGGUGAAUCUGUUUUCAUGGCCUAGUUUACAUUUCAAGUAGGUUACACCGGCACGAAAAAUGGACAGUUAAAAAUGAAUAAGAAUCUGACAUGUUUUAUUAUACACAUUGUAUAUAGGUUUUUCUACAGGCAUUUGUUUUUAAAGUAAUAUAUUUAUCAUAUAUCAGUUUGGUAUUCACUUAAAUCAACAAAAUUUUGUCUUCAGCAAUUUUGUUAUUAUAUGCUUUCUUAUUGCA